CAUGUCCCGUGGCCAAUAGUAAAUAAGCAGUACUUUUCACCCUCAACUUCGCUAAAGGCAGAACGUCGAGGCAGCGGUGCUGUUCUUGCACCUUACUUUUCCCACGUAUAGUUGUAGAAAACCAUGCUUUGUUCGUGUGAAAACACCGAGGAUGCUGUGAAGAGUUUAACCACCGCUUUCUGGAUCAUAUUCAGUUUCUGUUGUCUACUUGUGGAAGGACAGGAAGGCGAUGGCUGUGGACACACACUUCUGGGCUCAGAGUCUGGCACUUUGGCCUCUCAGUACUAUCCUGGGACAUACCCCAGUAACACUCGCUGUACAUGGAGGCUUCGUGUGCCACAGGGACGCAUGCUGAGGCUGCUUUUUGGGGAUUUUGACAUCGAGAGCAGUCCAGGCUGCAGCAACGGUUCUCUGGUGAUCACUGCAAAGACUGGAGAACAUACACUGGGUCCAGUGUGUGGGAGACUUGAUGCAUCACAGAAGAACAUGACAGUUAAUAGUAAUGAAGUGACGGUAACCUUCACGUCCGGCCCACAUCGCUCUGGACGAGGAUUUCUGCUGUCCUACGCCACAGAGCAGUAUCCAGAUCUUAUUUCUUGUUUACAACGAGGAUCUCAUUUUAGCUCCCAGCAUUUGAGUGUGUACUGCCCCGCUGGAUGUAAGGAUGUGGCAGGGGAUGUAUGGGGGAACUCGGAACAGGGCUACAGAGAUACCUCGGUCCUGUGUAAAUCUGCCGUCCAUUCUGGAGCCGCAUCAAAUGUUGUGGGAGGACGUGUCACCGUGUAUCGGGAGAGGAGUCUUACACUCUAUGAAUCCACAUUUGCCAAUGGGAUCCUUUCAAAAAUGGGGUCGUUAUCUGAGAAGAAGCUUAUCUUCAGGCAAGAAUGCAACAACCUCCUGACUGCCUCUGUUUCUAACGCCUCGUCCUCCUGGAACAAAAAUAGUCUAGAGGGACCAAGGUUGCCAUCGUCCAAAAACAUGGUUUCAGAACUGGAGUUUACAGUGUGGACAGCAAAGAGCAACGACGCCAACCCAUGGGUGGAGCUGGAGCUGAGAGAAAGAAACACCAUCACAGGUAUAAUAACCACAGGAUCAAAUGAGUUCUACACAGAGUCCUACAUUCUUUCCUACAGCAAAGACCGAAAGAAUUGGAAGCUGUACAAGGAGGCUCUGAGCAAAGAACAGAAGGUCUUUCAGGCCUACACUGACGGUCACCUCAGAGUCAUUAACAACCUCUCUCCUGCUGUGGUGGCUCGGUUUGUUCGGUUACAGCCACAGACUUGGCACGGAAGAGCUUCAGCUCAGGUCCAAGUCUUAGGUUGCCCUGUCGCGAAGGUCACACCAAGGUCACGUCCAGAAGGAGACUCUCCGUCUGAUAAAGUUAAAAUGGGAACACCACAUCCACCCCCAAGUUCCUCCACCACCCCCUCUGAGAUCCCAGUGUUGGUGGAGACAAGACAGAGAACCAGUCAGUCUGUAAUAGUGGCAGUGGGAGUGGUCCUGGGUUUGAUAAUGUGCUGCAGUUGUUUGUUGGCUGGAGUCUGGUGGAAGAGAAGGAAGAAAGAUUCAGAAGUCAAGCAUUCUUUACCUAAAAAUUCUCCUAGUUUUCAGGUGAAAAAUCUUCCCUGCUCCCAAUCCGAGCUCAUUUCCUAUCCUCUGGAACGGAACGUUCACGAUGCUCUACCUCGUCCUCCUCUCAAUGACUAUGCAGAGCCGACUGCUAUUGGACAAAAGCUCGGCUCCACAUUCAGACCAAACACAGAUGAGGGCUACACCACCCCAUUCAUCCUGAACCAUUAUGACACUCCUGGAAACCUGCCAGAGUACGCUGAGCCACUUCCUCCAGAACCAGAGUAUGCCACGCCGUUCUCUGACCCACCCGGUGAGCUCAACAUGUCAGGGAAGAUCAGCUGCGCUCAUAGAAUCCCUACAUCAGCACCAGUCUCUGGAGCUGCGCUCACAUCCAGCCACGCCCAGUAUGACUGCCCCUCACACAGGAUGCUCUCCAACGGCUACUGCACUCCAGUCGUCCACGCCAAUGGCCCGCGACCAGUUAGCGUUGUGUACGCUGAACCCAAGUCAUGUGACUCUUUACAGAGGAAUCACACAUACGAGGAACCCUUGUGAGCACAGUGAGCUCAGACACAGAGAAGAAACAGACUCUUGUUAGCUGACAUGUGCACUGGGAGCAGAAAACCUCUUGGAGUCAUCUCAAGUGGAGCCCAAGCUGUUCUUUAUCAGGAGUAUACGACAGGAGUCAGCCAUCUGACAGGAGUCAGUGUGCUACUACUGUUCAGAUGAGAGAGAACAGAACCAUCCAGAACUGUUUACACACUGGUUUCCUUCCAGGAAGUGUGUAAAAGUAGUGUAAAUAUGUCCUGAUGCACAGAAAUGAUGCAGGUUCAGACACUGUUUAAUGUGUAAACACAAAGUGCACUUUCAGAAAUGACUGUACAAACAGAGUUGUAUUUAACAGAUUAAUAAAAAUGUUACUUGAACCCCAAAUAUAUUCUCUUCAGGGGAAAAAAAAUAGUAGUCUGUAAUGAUGUUGCCAUGACUGUAUAUAAACGCUAGAUGGCUCUGCUUUACAAUUUAACAAUAAUGACGGGUGUCUGCUGCAGCUUCUCUCGUCUCCGUUAAUGUUAAUUCGUUGUAUUCGAUGGAGAAAAGAGUUGACUUUAUUAUAUUUAUCAAUAAUGGUAAAGUAACAAAUAUUUGACCUUUUAAAAGUACUUGUAUGGAGUUGUAACACAGCAGACAAACUCGACUUGUAACUGAACUCGUCUCACUGCAGUGUCUUGGACAAAACUCAAACAUCUGCUCUGGCGUGGUAUUUUCCAUUUGAUUGAUUUUAAAAAUACCGUUUUAAAAAAUGUCAGUCCUUGUGUAAGAAUACCACAAACUAA